CAAAAAGCGUCCAAGCUGCCUGCACUUUACAGCCUUCAUCGUAGCACGCAACAGCAUCAUGGCCCCCCCAAACAAAGACGAGCUCAUAGCUCAAUUCUGUGCUUUCACCAAUGCGCCACCUUCGGAAGCCGAGAAUGCGUUGGGAGCACACGAUUGGGACGUGGAGGCCGCUGUUGCGACGUGGUUCGCGUCAGAUAGGCCCGGAGACGAGCAUGCUAGCGACGAUGACGACCAAGAUACGGCUCCGCCAAAUGUGCCUGGUGGCGGAAGAACACUAGGAGGAGAUGGCGUCGCGUCCCGAUACGUUCCACCGACGGCGGGACGAUCGACGGCGGCAUCAGCACCUCGCUCCGCAGGGCCACCGACUCGUGCAGGUCGAGGAGGAAUGCGUACACUGCGAGAUCUACAAGGCGACUCGCAUGCUGGGCACGGCCAUGACGACGAGGAUGACGAGGAGCAAGAUCUGUUUGCAGGCGGCGAGAAGUCGGGUCUGGCAGUGCAGAAUCCAGGCUCGAAUCCUCGAGACCAGAUAGAGCAUAUGCUCGAACGUGCCCGCAGAAACAUUCCCCGGCCAGGCGGAGAUGAGGAUGAAGCACCCCGUUCCCGCUUCACGGGUCGCGGUGUCACCCUUGGCGGCGAAGGCACAGAAAGUCGCAUUAUCGAGGACCCUCGUGCAAACGCACCACGCCCACCGCCCCGCGUGCAACGUGUUCUCCAUCUGUGGUCUGACGGCUUCUCCGUUGACGAUGGCCCACUCUUUCGCUAUGACGACCCUGCGAACGCCGCUACGCUGGCGAUGAUCAACCAGGGCCGCGCGCCGCUUGAGCUAUUGAAUGUGGAACAUAAUCAAGAAGUAGACUUGCAGCUCGACAAUCAGAAGGACACGAAGUUCGUGCAGCCAAAGAAGAAGUACAAACCGUUUGAGGGUCGAGGUCAGCGUCUAGGCAGCCCAACGCCGGGGGCUGCCUCGCUCGCUUCUGCCCCCGCGUCCUCAUUGUCGGCUUCUCGACCUGGUACAUCCUCGCAUGCCUCGACGGCGGGUGCUGGCGCAUCCGCUCCUACGAUCAACGAUUCACAACCGACGGUUACGUUGCAAGUGCGACUCGGAGACGGAACGACGCUGCGGUCACGAUUCAACACGACGCAUACUGUUGGCGACGUUUACCGCUUCGUCGAGGCUAGCUCCCCCCAACAGCGGCCAUUUGCUCUAAUGACGACCUUUCCUAGCAAGGAGCUCACGGAUCAUUCCGCCGUUCUGGGAGAAAUGGCAGAAUUCAAAAGGGGUGGCGUGGUGGUACAGAAAUGGACUUGAAUAGGGUGCAAUGCCAGGUCUCCUGCCGUCACCAAUCUCUCUCGCUCUCUACAGUAGAAUGGAUCGGAGAGCAGCAAGCAUAGCGAUUCGAGCAUGUUAAAAUUUGAAUAGAGUAUAGCCUUUGCGUUGUCUUUUUUGUGUGUAAAGAUGGCACCACGCAACGAAUGAAUGAGGCGACGGGGCCAGGAUGCGUUGCGACUAGCGCCCCCCUGAUCGUCGACAUGCAUGGCCAUGAU